AAGACAGUGUCUGCUCUACGCAGUGAAGUAGAAGAAGAAGAUAAAACAGAUAGCAUGGAUUGAGUGAGUAACAAAGCAAGGAGCCAGAAGAAUCCAUCCAUCAACAUGCCCGCCAUUUCUUCCCCACCCUGUCUCCUCUUCUUCAACUCUCCCCUUAGUCUUCCAUGCAAAACAUUUUCAGCAUGUAGUAUGCUGUCUUCGGUUGAUCGAAAGAUGGAAAACACAAACAACUUCUUGAAUUACAAUUUGAGAGAAGAAGGAGUGCAGAGUGAUAAUAUACUGCGUCCUAACAAGAGGUUGAACCGGAGGCCCCUGCUGUUAUAUUUGCUCUCUUCGGGCUUUUUCCCGACUCUGCCUUCUUCCGCAAAGACAAAGAGUAAAAACCCUUAUGAUGAAAGACGGUUGCUUGAACAGAACAAGCGGAUACAAAGAGACAACAAUGCACCUGAAGAUUUUCCUAACUUUGUUAGAGAAGGUUUUGAAGUGAAGGUGGUGACAUCGGAUAAUUAUGUUAAGAGAGAUUCAGGGCUUAUCUAUCGGGAUUUUCAAGUCGGUCAAGGGGACUGCCCAAAGUCUGGUCAGCAGGUGACUUUCCAUUACGUGGGCUACAACGAGUCAGGGCGUCGUAUCGACAGCACAUACUUGCAGGGGGCUCCUGCAAAAAUCCGAAUGGGUACUAAUGCAUUGGUUCCAGGGUUUGAGGAAGGUAUUCGAGACAUGAGGCCUGGAGGGAAGAGGAGAAUAAUCAUACCUCCUGAACUCGGACCCCCUGUGGGGCCUUCAACAUUUUUCAGCUCGAAGCAGUUUGAAGUUUUUGAUGUGGAGCUGGUCAGCAUUCAGAACUGCCAGAGGAGGACGAUAGGCUUCUAUUCUGAUGUGGUGUGCAAUUGAGAGGAGGAAGUUUGUACGUUGCUAUUUGUUGAUAUACUUUUUUCAGUCUGCCCCACCGGGUAUUUAGUAGCCCUCAUGAGUACUGACUAAUACAAGUUCGAGCCGGGUAUUUGUUGAUGUACUUUUGGGCCAGUUAUGCAAAUUUUAGGCCGCUACUUUAAGUUUGUUCUUUCCCAUAGUUGGAAAGUCGGAAAAAUUUGUUCUGAUCCACUGUAGUGUACGGAAACAAUUUUUCUAGGACAGAAACAAAACAUUUUGGAAUUUUGGAACAGAUGAGGUCUGAUUGUUGUGCUCUGAGGAACUGUUGACUCUAAGAUUUUUUUUUAUUA